AUGAGCCCUGCAAAAUCUCCCGAUCGCGGUGAUCCCAACGCCACCGCCACCGCCGCCGCCGCCGCCGCCGCCACCAGGAGGGAGAUCAACGGCCCGCGCCCGCCGCUGCUCAAGAUCCACAAGGACUCCCACCUCAUCAAGAAGGCCGCCUCCCAUCACUAUUCCUCCUCCUCCUCUUCCAAUAACUCGUCCUCCUCCUGCUCGUCUUCCCUGUCGAACCCUAAUCAUCAUUUGCCCGCGGACCCGUCGCAGCAGCAGCAGCAGCAGCAGCAGCAGCAACCGCGGCGGCUGCAGCAGCCUCAGGGAGCCCGCCCCGUCAUCAUCUAUACUCAUUCGCCGAAGAUCAUCCACACCAAGGCCCGGGAUUUCAUGGCCCUCGUCCAGAAGCUCACGGGGUGCCAUCAGCACGAUAAGGGCGAACCGGUUCCUGCUCCAGAUCCGCCUCAGCCGCAAAUAGCGCCGACUGAUGAUGAGACCACUCUUAACAAACGGGAUGCAUCGUCCUCGGUCUUGAGUGAGGAUAGACGAAGUGGUUCUGUCCCAGCGAUCCACGAAGCUAAUUGCGUCUCCCCGAUUCCGAGCCACCAAAACGCAUUGAUUUCAGAUAUCCCGCUGUUUACGCCGAACGCCGCGGAUUUUUUCCUGUCCCCAGGACAGAGAAUGUACAGAUACCCUUAUUCUGCUUACAUGUCUCCAAGCACAGCGAACCGGAUUAUAUCGCCUUCCAUAGCCGAGUUCAUGAAAGAAAUGCCAGAAUGCUGA